AUGUCCGCCGACCAUACUAGAGACCCUUGUCCUGUGGUGAUCUUGAGUGAUUUCGGAGGAGCUUUCUCCAUGGGUGUCAUCGGAGGAUGCUUCUGGCACGGUAUCAAGGGAUUCCGUAACUCUCCAUACGGAGAGAGAACCUAUGGAUCUUUCAGCGCCAUCAGAGCAAGAGCCCCAGUGGUGGGAGGUAACUUUGGUGUCUGGGGUGGACUUUUCUCCACCUUCGACUGUGCCGUUAAAGGUGUCAGAAAGAGAGAGGAUGCCUGGAACGCUAUCAUCGCUGGUUUCUUCACCGGUGGUUCUUUGGCCAUCAGAGGUGGCUGGAAACACACCAGAAACUCUGCCAUCUCGUGUGCCUGUUUCUUGGGUAUCAUUGAGGGUGUCGGAAUGAUGUUACAGAGAGUGAUGGCCCAGCCCACUAUUGGUCCUGCCUUCCCUGAGGAGCCCAUGAAGGCUUAA